AUCUUCGGCACCCUCUACCCCGCGUACUCCUCCUACAAGGCCGUGAAGACGAAAAACGUGAAGGAAUAUGUGAAGUGGAUGAUGUACUGGAUUGUGUUUGCCUUUUUCACCACCGCAGAGACACUCACAGACAUUGUUCUUUCUUGGUUUCCCUUUUAUUUCGAGCUGAAAAUCGCAUUUGUGAUUUGGCUGCUCUCCCCUUACACCAAGGGCUCCAGUGUCCUCUACAGGAAGUUUGUGCACCCAACGCUCUCCAAUAAGGAGAAGGAAAUUGAUGAAUACAUUACUCAGGCUCGUGACAAAAGCUAUGAAACCAUGAUGCGAGUUGGCAAGAGAGGGUUAAACCUUGCUGCCAAUGCAGCAGUUACUGCAGCUGCAAAGGGCCAGGGAGUUUUGUCUGAGAAGCUACGAAGUUUCAGCAUGCAGGAUCUCACUUUGAUCCGGGAUGAGGAUACAGUGCAUAUGCGAAGCCAUGAGCCACAGCUGCGCCCUUCUGGUGGGAGUCUUCUUGAAACCAUUGAGGAUUCAGCUUCCUGUUACUCCUCAGGAGAGGAGAGCAGUGUGGCACAGAAGUCUAAUGGAACCCCAUCGGAGACUAGAACAGACCCAUCAGAUGAAGAUGCAGGAGACAAACUUCCCAAACGUACCCAGAGUCUCAAAACGCCUAAGAAGACGAUGAAAGCUGAGCUUCCAGUAAGAAGUGUGAAAGCCCGCCCUAAGAAGAAAGCUACAGGCUCUCUUGCUUCUGGCGAGUCAUCCUAAGGAGACCUCUACCUCCUCAGCACCUGUCUCUGUCCUGGGAUUUGCCUGUCGCUUUUGAAGGGAAACUCCCCAAAGGAAGGGAGCUGAGAUUCAUGUACAUAACAGAUACUGCUUUGUAGUGCUCAUUCCAAGGCAAGGGGGAGGCUGAGAUUCAGAAAAUGAAGUAGAGGAUACAUAUCCUCAGGAAUUUCCUCCUGUUGGGAGGAGGGAAUUCCUCUCUGUUGGAGGGAAUGCUGAUAUGUGUGUACAUAGCCUGUUGCUUUGGAAUUCCCACUUUAUAACCCUAGUUGGGGAGAAUCUUUGCUGAAACAACUGACUAGGGUUAGAGACAUCCAUUGCACAGAAGCUGG